UCCAAAUGCUCCCAAGCCAAGACGAAUGCGGCUCAGACUUCAGGACGUUCCACAGCUCUCUUGGAUGCCGAGCUGACCUCGGCCAACCAGAUGCGGAAAUCCACAGAUUGGCCAAACAUUGUGUCGCUUGGUGACGUCCACACUUCGCAUUUGUCGUCCUCAUGCGCAUCUAAACAGCAAUCCCAAAAAUCCCGAAUUACUUCGGUAGAUCGUCUCAUCAAGACGGAUCCUGAGGGGCUAAGCGAAGUUUCGUUUGUGGAUGAUCAUCCAGAAGUACCUCCAUUGCUAUGA